AUGGCUCAUGUGUUGGCUUAUGCCUGUUUUACUCAAGAACGAUUUUAUUUUUUGAAAACGCACAAUUAUGAAUACUUUACACUUGUCAUUGUUUCACCCGAAGAUCGAAUUGUUGGAGCUGGAACAAUAUUUGUAGAACGUAAAUUUAUUCGUAACACAGGAUUGGUCGGACAUAUUGAAGACAUUGCAGUUGAUAAGAAUCAACAGGGGAAAAAACUUGGAUUAAGAAUAAUUCAAGCUCUUAAAUAUAUUGGAGCAAAGGCAGGAUGUUAUAAAGAUUUACCAAAAGCUGUUCAAUCUCGUGUAAUUGAAUUAUCACAAUCACUUUUGCAAACAACUGAUUCGAUUGCCACAUAUGUCCGGGCAAAUGCAAACUACUUUCCUGAAUACAUUCGUUUAAAACCCCUCACAGAUUUCUUUGAACAACGAUACGUCGAGAUCGUAAAAGAAAUUAAAGAAGGUGAGGGUUCUCCGAUUGAGAAGGCCAGAAAAGUCAUCAACAUCACCACACAACACACACUACCACUUUUGAACGAUCUACAAGAAUCCGUCCAAUCGUACAGCUCAUCUCUUAAUGAUUCCUUCAUCAACACCACUGGAAAAGUAAAAUCAAGAUUCGUCGGUGUCAAUUAA